CAAUUCAAGGCGUAGCAUUCGCGGCUUCACGCCUGAGUUCGUGACUAGACGCCCCGGUCAUUCUACUGUUCGCACAAUAGCUACCCAUGCACUCUGAGCAGGUUCGGGAUCUUGCCGGAUGCGUCUUAUCCAGUAGGACCGAGCGAAGGACUCGCUGCGAAGGGCAGAAAAGAACGAUGCCAGCACAACUGUAAGCACCAUCCUCUAUCCUACUUGCCGUCGGUUACGCCCCUCUAUAUUUAACCCUAGAAGACCAGCCGAAAACGAGUUCAACAUGCCGCGCUGCGACUCGGACGAUUUCGACUUUGAAGCCUCCGAAGUCAUUGCGGUGCGUGAAGAUGAGGGACAACCGCCUGAAGUUAUUGAGCAGUGUUUCGAACUGCGCGUUCGAUAUUCCUCCCCCGGCCUCGUCUCUUUUCGUCUUUUCCCACUCCCCAACGGCGUGCCAACCAAAUCCACGGCUUGCCUACAGAUCAGAGCGAACUACAUCGAGUCGCUAGAAAAAAUGCUAUAUGACAAAGCCAGCACCAAGUGCCCAAGUCCGCCUUGCCUCGAAGCUGUCCGCUGGCGACUCAGAGGCAUGCAAUCGGUAACCCGUCUUCAAUUCCAGCUGCACACAGACAGUCAUAUCGACCUAAUCACACCACUCGAUUUCGACACCGGAAACACGGUUAGCGAACCUGUCUUGAACGCACGGGCAUCACUGAUGUCCCUUGCGACAUCUUCGCGGUUUUCCAUGGCUAUUCGAGAUUUUCCACAUUUGACGGAAAAUAAGAAGCAUGAGUAUGAGUGCAUGGUGGAUGUACGCAGACUGUACCGAAGGAAUAUCGCAGCUCCCCCGCUCUAGCGACGCCUGCAUCGUGCGGUAGCACUCUUCCCUUUGAGGAUGUGCCACCUGAUCGAGACUCACCCCCGCCGUACGACGAAUGCUCGAGCGAUGGACAGUCGCCGAAGGCCAGGGUAGAGGCCGCAGCCAUCGUCGCCGAAAGCUUCAG